AUGUAUCAUUCUAUUCAGGAAACUACUACUUUGAAAGAGAAUCGAUGUCGAUAUUGGAAACUGAUGGGUUUGGCAGCGGUUUGCGCUGCUCUGACAGUGUUAUUAUUCUCCUUCAUUGCUCUAAACGAUUCAUAUGUUACGGUUAUUUACAAAUCGGGCACCGUUCCGCUUAUAGUGGCAUGGACAAAAUAUUUUUCUAUGAAAAUCAGUGAUGAGCUGAAGAAAACGAUGGUGAACUGUCCAUAUGAAUGCGACAUUUUAGAAAGAAGUGACGUUGACGAAACCAGAACACCUGACGCUUACAUCUUUCAUGGUCGAGAUUUGAAUGCAUCCGAUCUUCCACAGCGUUAUCCACAUCAAUUGAUGGUGAUGAUGUUAUUCGAAGCUCCACCGAAUGCUGGACGUGCUUUGUUUGAGGUGCCGCCAGAUUAUUUUAACGCUACGCUUACGUAUCAAACCGAUUCCGUUUAUCGAUGGCCUUACGGAAAGUUCGAGAAGCGUACCGAUGACGAAGAUAGCUCUAGUAUUAUCACGGACGAGCAGGUAAAGCUAAGAGCCGCUCUACCACGCAAGAAGAAGGGGCCAUUACUGCUAGUAUCACAUUGUGACACCCAUUCAUUAAGGGAAGAAACGAUAAGGAAGAUGUCUGAAGUGAUCAAAAUUACUAUUUCCGGAGAGUGCAACUCGUAUUACCCAGCUGCCGACAAGGAGUACUGUCCGAAAUUCAAUAAAUGCGAGGAAGACCUUAUAGCAACUCAUCGCUUCUAUAUUUCAUUUGAGAACAGUUUAUGCAAAGGAUAUAUAACCGAAAAGUUCUUCAAACGAAUAUCACAGAUGCUUGUACCCAUAGUGCAAAAUAGGGAGAUAUACAACGAUGAAGAAAUUCCACCAGACUCCUUCAUAGCCGUCGAUGAUUUCAGAAGCAUCAAAGAUCUAGGGAAACACCUUGAGAAUCUGCUCUACAACGACACAGAGUACAUGAAGUACUUUAAGUGGACAAAACGUUACCGAAAACCAUACAGUUUUAUCAGCGACGUAGGAUGUAAACUGUGUGGUGAUCUUCAUGCUAAAAGGAGACUGCAAAUCAAUAAUAUCAGGAAGCAUUACUUCCAAAAUCAAUGUUGUAUUCAUUUUGAAUAA